AUGGAAGGAUCUGAUAAAUCAAUUAGACUAGCUGAUUCUUCAUCAAACACAAAUAUACACUCGGGUUCGACUAUAGUUGACUCUGAUUUCACUUAUACACCAAUACCUGAUCCUUUGGCCGUUUAUGUACCUGUGGCAUCUCUUACUAAACCAGUAGUACGUUCUAUUCUUUUUGCUGCACUGAAAUAUGAAACGCGUGAUUGGAACCAUAGUCGGCGUACUCUACUUGCUUUCUUACUGGCAUUGAAUAAAAAACUCGAAGAAGUCAAACAAGGUACGAACACUGGACAGAAAAUCCAGGAACGAAUCAUCCGACAAGUUGAUGAUAUUCGCCAAUGGUUUGUCUAUGAGGACGAUUCUGGUAAUCUUGUAGAACCAAACUGGGAUGAACUUCGAGCAACAUAUCAAAAGAUGACUGUUGACAAAGUGGAUGAUACAUGGACAUAUUAUGGUGGUCAUAAAACUAAGCCCUACUAUGAAUUGAUCAUUAGUGUGGUAAGUUGGUUUAUCGAUUGA